AUGUCGAGCCCGGGCGUCGAGGGCGACCCCAAGCCUCCAUGCCUGCCUCGCAAUGGCCUGGUGAAGCUGCCAGGCCAGCCCAAUGGCCUGGGCGCGGCCAGCAUCACCAAGGGCACACCGGCUGUCAAGAACCGCCCGUGCCCCUCGGUGGGGCUCCCCCUUGGUGGACCGGCCUCCUCCCCGGCGCCCGGGCCCCCGGCGGAGAGGCCGCCCCUGGCUACGGACGAGAAGAUCCUCAACGGCCUGUUCUGGUACUUCUCGGCGUGCGAGAAGUGCGUUCUGGCGCAGGUGUGUCGGGCCUGGCGCCGCGUGCUCUACCAGCCCAAGUUCUGGGCGGGCCUCACGCCGGUGCUGCACGCCAAGGAGCUCUACAACGUGCUGCCCAGCGGCGAGAAGGAGUUCGUCAACCUGCAGGGCUUCGCCGCGCGCGGCUUCGAGGGCUUCUGCCUGGUGGGCGUCUCCGACCUGGACAUCUGUGAGUUCAUCGACAACUACGCCCUCUCCAAGAAGGGCGUCAAGGCCAUGAGCCUCAAGCGCUCCACCAUCACCGACGCGGGCCUGGAGGUCAUGCUGGAGCAGAUGCAGGGUGUGGUCCGACUGGAGCUGUCUGGCUGCAACGACUUCACCGAGGCGGGGCUGUGGUCCAGCCUGAGCGCACGCAUCACCUCGCUGAGCGUGAGCGACUGCAUCAACGUGGCAGACGACGCCAUCGCAGCCAUUUCGCAGCUACUGCCCAACCUGGCCGAGCUGAGCCUGCAGGCCUACCACGUGACGGACACGGCGCUGGCUUAUUUCACGGCGCGCCAGGGCCACAGCACGCACACACUGCGCCUGCUGUCCUGCUGGGAGAUCACCAACCACGGCGUGGUCAACGUGGUGCACAGCUUGCCCAACCUCACAGCGCUCAGCCUCUCGGGCUGCUCCAAGGUCACCGACGAUGGCGUGGAGCUUGUGGCCGAGAACCUGCGCAAACUGCGCAGCCUCGAUCUCUCUUGGUGCCCGCGCAUCACCGACAUGGCGCUUGAGUACGUGGCCUGCGACCUGCACCGGCUGGAGGAGCUCGUACUUGACAGGUGCGUUCGCAUCACAGACACUGGUCUCAGCUACUUGUCCACCAUGUCGUCCCUCCGUAGCCUCUACCUGCGAUGGUGCUGCCAGGUGCAGGACUUCGGACUGAAGCACCUGCUGGCCAUGAGGAGUUUGCGGCUCUUGUCUCUGGCAGGUUGCCCACUGCUGACCACCACGGGGCUGUCAGGCCUGGUACAGCUGCAAGAGCUGGAGGAGCUGGAGCUGACCAACUGCCCUGGGGCAACGCCUGAGCUCUUCAAGUACUUCUCACAACACCUGCCCCGCUGCCUCGUCAUCGAGUAG